GGUGGUUGGAUUCUGAAGCGAGGCGAAAUAAAAAAUAAACAUCAGCCAAUAGAAGAAGGGGCGAGGGAGCAACUCUUCUGGUUGUUGGCUUUCUUUGCCAGGACGGAAGGAAACGCGCGCAUUCAACUCCGCCUCUGAGCGGCUGCGCGCGCGCGCGACAGAAGCGCCUCGCGACUUUCGUGGCGCCCCGCGCUCACAACAGCCACUGGCGCACACGGCUCGCUCGCCCGACGACAACACAGCCAACGGGGUGACGAGCUGGAGGAGGAGGAGGAGGCGGCGGCGGUGGUGGUGGUGGUGAGUUUCAGAGCCACGCGAGGUGAGGCGAGGAAGGAGAGGGGUGGGGUGGGGGUGGGGGGACGGGGAAGGAUUUGACCCUCCGCCGGCUCCCAUCCCGUCACCACCCGGGGCAUCGCUCGCCCAUCGCCAGUCGGGACGACUCCCCCCCCACACACCCCCCCGGGGUUGAGCACGGCCAUGCAGUUCCCGCACGCGUCGCCUCCUCCCGCGCCGCUCCGCGUGCCGCUGUACGCGCCGACCCCGGUGCAGGUGGCCCACCCGACACCCUUCUUCAUUGAGGACAUUCUGAGACGCGACGGCGUGGGCUGCGCUAGCGGCGUCGACGAGCGCGGCAGGAGGCGUCCUCCCCAGCCGCCUCUGCCGCCGCUCCAGACCUCGCCCCCGGGGGCCCCUCCGGCCGCGGCCGCCACCCUGCACCCGUCUCCCAACUCGUCCUUCACGUCCGUGACGCCCGGCUACAGGGGCGCGCCGGUGACCUACGGCGAGAUGACCGCCGUGUCGGGCCACCACGCUCACGCGGCCGCCGCUGCUGCUGCGGCCGCCGUGGCCGCCGGGUACCCUUCGCACGGGCAGCCGCUCGCCUACGCGGCCACGCUGGGCUUCCCGGGACACCUGUACCCCUACCCGCGCACGGCGCUCGAGUUCGGGCAUCCCCUGCUGGGUCGGCACGACCACCUCGGCAAACCGCUGCUGUGGGCCCCCUUCCUGCCGCGGCCCGCACACAAGCGCAAGGGCGGCCAGGUGCGCUUCAGCAGCGAGCAGACCGUGGAGCUGGAGCGCAAGUUCGAGCGGCAGAAAUACCUCUCCCCCGGCGAGCGCAAGGGCCUGGCCAAGCUGCUGCAGCUCAGCGAGCGACAGGUGAAGACCUGGUUUCAAAACAGGAGGGCGAAGUGGAGGAGACUCAAGCAGGAACUACCGUCAGACGGCAAAGUGGAGUCUGGAGAAUCCGGAGCCAGAGCCGAUCCCUGCGGACCCCCCUCGGACUGCAGUCGCUCCGACAGCCCCCCCACCGUCUCCUCUGACGAUAGCGACGAAGAUGUGGACGUGGAUGAACCCAACUAAGGACUGCCUCCACUCACCGCCCUUCCCAUCACACCCCCCCUCCACAACCCAAUUGUCAUUUGGCUCCCGCCACCAACACCAGCAAUCACCCUGCACCCCUGAGCUAAACCAUGGACUCACGUUGGAAGGUAUAAUGAAUGGUAUUGUAUUGUUGGAGCCACUGUGUUGUACCACUGGCCCGGCAGCGGACCAAUGACGGCAUCUCGUGCACAUACGAAACCUCGUACGCUUAUUGGAACGAAGAGAUACAACCAAGAGGUGAAACGCAACACGUGCUGGGAAUUUCUAGGAACACGUCAAUUGGAAUGUGGCAGAAGCAAAUAUUGUGCAGAGCUACGGAGAUCGGGGGGCUCCUCAAGAUUCCUCGCGACCCAAAUACCAGUUUCCUCCGUUCAUAUGCAGAGCAGUACAAGCUGCUCACGCCUCGUUAUUGCUGAACAUCAACGCCAUGCGCAGUAGAAAUAACAACAAACUCAACACGUUCGUCAAUAACUCCGUGGCCUGACAAGGAAGCGUGUAUAAUGGGUGACGUUUCGGGCAAUGGCCCUUCUUCAUGUGCUACGCAUAUAUAUUUCCAUUUUAAGGCCACGCUGGCAUGGACAAAUGUGUUGAGUUUUAUUUGUAUUAUUAUUUGCGCUUGUGCACCAUUGCCGACGCAGUAUCUGCCGUGUACAGCAAAUAGUUGUUAUUUUUUUUAUAACGCUUGAGCAUUAUUGAGCAUGCACGAUGUUUGCUGCUGUAACCCACCUAACGUGUUCGUGGGAGAGUCCCUACGCGUGUAAAGUGCGGACAGUGUUAAAGUAAUCUCUCCUUUUUGCUUUUGUGUCUGCAUCUCUUUCGCACAAAAUCGAUGGGACGAGAGGAUGAACCCGGUUUGAUUGGGGCAAUCACGUGUGCUCCUCUAGAGCGUUUUUGGCGUGCUGUUUCAUUCAAUAUUCCAUAGCAUUAAGCACCAACUUUAUAUGUAUGGGGUUGAUUUAAUUGUUGUUUAUUAUUAUUAUUAUUAUUUUGUCGUUGGCCUGUACAUUGCAUUGCACAUUUACACGGUCAAUGGAUGCAGCAUUUUCGUUUCAUCUCACACAUUCAUAUCACUUUCAGGUUCCGCUGAGUGUCUAAUAUUGCCCAUCAUGAUUAUAAAGUGGUAUUCGCCUCUUCAAGCCUUUUACAUUAAAUGUACAAUGCACAGCCCUUUCGUUAAUCCACUGCUAGAUGAGAGCCUCUGUGGGCCCUGAGGGUUAUUGACCCACAUAUGGGCCUCCCUGAGGUCAACUCGGCCUUAAACGAGUACCGUGUGUAAACGGUACUCGUGCAGUGUGUAAACUUGAGCACUGGGGAGACAAAGGCGGAAGAGCAUGGUGUAGGCCACCAGCCCCUUCUUGCUGCGUGCCAGCACUUGCCCCAACAGUCUGUUCAGGCUAUACAGGGGAUCAUUAUCCGUGACAACAUAUCACCACGUUUGUACGUGCGGGUUGGAGAAGGUGGGUGGGCAUAGACACAAGAUAUAGUGCAGUACAACAAUGUGCCUCUCCACAAUCUCGCGUCGCCUAUAGCACCUGCUUAUGCAUAGGCGGUCACCCAUCAAAGCAAUAUCCAGGCUCAAACCUGCUUAGCUUCCGAGAUCAGGUACAUUCCGUGUGACUUGUUCUUAAGCCUCUCGAUUAUUACACAUACAGGGUGGCCCAAUGGGCAGGACACAUAGGGUGAUUUAAUUUAUUUUAACACAGGCAUCCAAACAUUUGACUUGCGUAUUAUUUAAGUUAAUAUUUUAUCUUUUAUCAUUAUUCAUAUCGAUUUUUCUUCUCCGUACUGUUGGGUCAACUCAAAUUCGUUGUUUACAAAAACUCGACUAAGAACCCGGAGUGAAUUGAGACGAAACAUAAUUGAUGAAUGUUGAAAGAUUACACGCCUGUAAUCUUUAGGGGGCGGGGGGAAGUCCUAAGUUCACUUCCCGACGAGAAUUGUAUUCAUCGUGCAUUAAUGUGAAUGGAAGUCUUUAGAACCCCGUGUAAUUUGUUGAAAUAAUUACUAUAACAACUCUAUUCGUGUCCUGACUUUUGGACCACCAUGGAGAACACUUCACAGAGACAAAUAAAAACGUGUACAUGGACUCCUCUACUUAUGAACGAGUUAGGUUCCAGAGGUCUGUUCGAAAGUCGAUUUGUUCGUUAGUCCAACUUUACUCCUGUCGAUUCCAAACAUGUUGUACGCCAUGUACACUAAAC